UGUCUAUAAAUGUUUGCCUUGACUCUUCACUGGCUACUGCCAAUAAUUGUUUAGGGGUUUCCAUCACUCUUAAAGUGGAUGAGGAUUACGUUUUUAAACUGUUAAAAGGAAUAGUUGAUGUUGAUAUAUAUGAACGGAAAAGAAGUUGUUUAAAAGAUAGAUUUUUAAGAGUAAAAGAUGGGAAAGUAGAAACACAACGAACAGAAGAAGAAAGAGUACAUCGUCACCGCACUUGAAUUUAGAAACCCUUCAAAUCUUUCCGUCGCUUCUCUACAGUAUUUUUAGAGCGAUAGUGAUGGAAACAAUAGAAAGCUCCCAUCAAGCUUUCGAAAGGCCAAUGCUGUAGUGCUACUAGUGUUUAAUUGUUUAUCAGCUAUUUUAGUUCUUCAAGAUUUCAUACAGAGAAAUUCUAAGGUUAAAAAAAUGUUCCCUUUCGGAAACAGUAGAAAUGGGAACCCUAUUCUCCACUAUUCAGUACCAUCCUUUCACAGCUCUCUUGGCCUCAAUGGCAACCAAAUACUCCUUCAUCAACACCAAGAUCAGCUCUCUACUCAUCAUUACUUAGCCCCAAAUGCUCACUUAAUCGACAACAGCAGCUCGUUGGUCUUUGCAAAUUACAAUGUCAUCAACAGCAACAAGUCAUUUCAAGACCCUUCCAAUAAAAAGAAACCUUUGAAGAAGGAUAGGCACAGUAAGAUUUUGACAUCUCAAGGGCAUAGGGAUCGGAGGGUGAGGUUGUCGAUAGGGGUUGCUCGUAUGUUCUUUGAUUUGCAAGACAUGCUUGGUUUCGACAAACCAAGUAAAACCCUUGAGUGGCUAUUCACUAAGUCCAAAUUAGCCAUUGAAGAGCUCACUGAUCAAAAUGCCAAGAUCAAGAGUACUAUUAAUUCAGAAUGUGAGGACGAGGUUGUUACUGCUGCCUCAAAACAAAUGAAAGAGGAGGAGGCUAUAGUUGCAAGAGAGUCAAGGGCCAAGGCUAGAGCAAGAGCUAGGGAAAGAACUAUCAAGAAAAUCUGGACCCAAAUUGAAGCCAAAUCUAACUCAAAGGAGCACACAAAGAUGGAAGAAAUCAAAGAAAUGAAUAACCCAAAUAUGAAGUCCUCCUUGGGUUUUCACUCGAAUCUCAUGAGUGGUCCGAAUAAAGAUGCUGCAGCUUCACAUUACAACAAUUAUGCACGAAAUUGGGAUCAUGACAACGUUAAUCGAACAAUUAUGAGUUCCGGCUUAAGUGCACCCAUCGCUGCUACCAUUUGUUGUACCUCAUCGCAAGUUCAGAAAGCAUGGGACUCGUAUCACGGCAGCCAAAUCUAAAGGGAACAGUGACCCACUGAAGGAGCUGAUUGGAACGGGAGUUAGGAGGGACGGACUAUACUAUUUUAGCAAACUGGACGUGGUGCAACAUGUGUCUACUGUCGUGGCAACGUCCGCAUUGGAAUUGUGGCAUCGACGAUUGGGGCAUCCUUCCGAGAGAGUGGUUAAGUUGCUUCCUCAUGUCAGUAGUGAUAAGAGUAGUUUAGCAAAGGAUUGUGAAGUGUGUUUACGUGCUAAGCAUCCUAGAGACAAAUUUCCUUGAAGUGAUAAUAAUGCAUCUAGAAUAUUUGAGAAAAUACAUAGUGAUUUGUGGGGCUCAUAUCGCCAUGUUUUGUCGUGUGGAGCUCGUUAUUUUUUAACAAUUGUUGAUGAUUUUUCCCGAGCUGUUUGGAUUUACUUGUUGG